GUAUGUAUUUUUCUCGGAAUCUAUUAUCUAUAGAAUAUACAUUGUCUUGUGUCAAUUAAUAAUUAUUAUAAUGUACCGUCGUCAAUCACCAUGAAUAAAAUAAUUUUAACACAAUUUUGUCACUCAGCAGGAAUCGACUACUAAUUAGUAGAUAAAAAAUAAUCGAAAAAUUGCUUUUCAGUGAUUAUUUGUCCAUGUCACUGUGAUACUUUUGAGUUGUAGGCUGUGUUUCAAUAAUAUCUUAUGGAGGAAAAGUUACCAUCCAAGGAAGCUCAUGUGUGGACUUUGAGCGAUUUUAUUGAACGGCGCAAAGAAUGGGAUCAAGGAGAUGAAGCACGAUUAGCGGAAUACCUUCAACAACUGUCUAAUAAAAUAACCCUAGGUGCUAAAAAUACAUUAAACGAAUUGGAUGAUUUAGUGGCCAGCAUUGACGACACUGCUGUUCAAAUAGCAAACAUCAAUAAUGAAUUUCAAUUAUUAGCAGACAAACAGUUCAUAGAAAAUAAAGUUCAAGAAGAAGACGAGACCGUGCAAACUAAAGUUGAAAAGCCAGUAUCACGAGAAAUUAAUGAAACUGACACAUUUGUAAAUAAUAUAAAAGAAGCACUUAAAAACAGCUUUAAAGCUAUUGAUACUCACUUUGAGAAAAUUACUGUUGUAGUUAGUGAUUCUGAUGACGACGACGAUGAACUAAAACACGAAGAAACUGUUUUAAGGCCAAGGGUAUUUUACAAAAAAUUAAAUCUUCCCGCACUAAGUGGUAAUACACUAUCUGAGAUCGUCGCAGAUAAUGCCAUGUUUUCAGAUUCAGAUUCUGAUGUUGAACAACCUACUAAUGCAUUUAAAGAUCAGGAAUCAUUAUAUAGCAAUGAUGCACCCGAAGAAGACAUCUAUUCUAUUAGUGAAUCAAAAAAGAUGUAUGAACCUAAUCUUGAAUCAGCAGAUACAAAUAAUAUUACUUUUGAAUCAGAAAAACCUAUACCUAAAAAUAUUCCUACUUAUCCACAUUAUGAUGAAGAUGAUUUAUUUAGUCCACCGCCUUUAAUUAAUGAUGAUGACGAUGAAAAUUUAGAGAAUGAAUAUAAUAUAUUUGGUAAUAGUAGUAGUAAUAUGUUUGGUGAAAAAAACUUAUGGGAUGAUGUUGAUGAUGACGACAAUGAUGAAUUUUCAAAUGAACCACCUUUACCGAUAUACUCAGACGAACCACCUCAGCAAGAAACUAAAUGUAAUACUCAAGAAAAGGUUGAACAACCAAGUAUACAACAGACACUGAAUGAUGAAUUGCGAAAACGAUUCCAAAAAGAUGGUACGUCUUCGUCAGAUAAUGUCAAUGUCAUUUCAUCCAAAAUUAAAUUACCCAAAGGAGCUGUUAAUAUUCUUGGCGGAGCUGAUAUACAACCAUACAUUUUCAGUCCUGCUCAAAACAUAAAACCAACAAUACCUGAGAUGAGUAAAAAAGUGGCUGUAACAACCCAAAAUGACAUUGCUGAAGAUAUUAAAACAGAUUUUAAUAUUUCAAAUAAACUUGUUGACAAUUCUAAUCCAAAUUCAGCUACUGUCGCACAUAAAGUUUUAAUUAAAGAAACUAAACCAAUGAAAAAACGUUCACUCUUUGAUCAGGAAUCAGAUGAUGACGAUUUGUCCACAACAGUUUUUCCAGCUUCAAAACCAGAAAUUUCGGAAUCUAAAGAAAGUUUAAUGAAAGAUAAAAAAUCAUCAAGAAAUAUAUUUUCUGAAUCAGAUUCAGAUGAAGAAUUUAUGGAUUCAAAACUGAAAACAAAAGAAUUAGCUUCUCAUUCUGUUAUUGAUAAGAACUUAACAAAACCAUUAGACUCUUCAUCUGAUGAUGAUUUAUUUAGUACUAAAUCUAAUAAUAAGACAAUACCAAAAAAAAAAUCUGUAAAAAGUUCUUCACCAAUUCUUGUUGAAGUAUUAAAUAAAUCAAAUGCAAUAGAACAUAUAUCAAAACCUCGCAUACAUGAAAAUAAACCUACAGGUUUAUUAAAUAAGGCAGUUAUUGAUGAAUUAAAAAAGUAUUCAGUAAAGUCUAGUGUGGCAGAUAAUAAAGUUACUGAUAAAGAAUUGUUACCAAAUGAAAAAACAGUAAACAGCAAUAUUAUGAUACAAAGUAAUCAAAAACCUUCAAUUCCAAAACAGACAAAAAAGUUUAGCAAUUUUUUUUCAUCUGAUGAAGAAGAUUUUGAUAAUGAUUCUUUGUUUAAUAGUAAUGAACCAAAUAAAAAUACCAUUAAUACACAUCAACCAAUUUCUAAUGUAAAAGAAUUGGGUCAAAACAUAAAUUAUGAGCUUCGGGGAUCGAAAGUAAACUUAUUUGAUUCUUCUUCUGAUGAUGAUUUAUUUAUUAAUAAUAAACCAAAUAGUAAUUUUGCAUUUUCAAUAAACAGAAAACAAUCUAGUUCUAAUGACAUUAAAAAUAUAGAUACCUCAAAAGAGAUUGAUGAUUGUGCCAUAAUUAAUGAAAUACCAAACAUUGAUAUGAUAAAUCAGACUAGAAAUGACAUGGAUAAAAAUAAUACAAACACUUUCAAUUUAUCGUCUGAUGAUGAUGAAGGUGAAAAUUAUUUGUCUUUUGAUAAAAACAUUUCUGAUGCCUCUAUAAAUGUAUCUAAUAAUCAAAGUAUAAACAAGAAAAUAUCAACUAUUAGUUUGUCAUCAGAAGAAUUUUUAAGCCCACAAAUGGAUCAAAAGAAUCAAAAUAUGCUUCAGAAUACACCUGAUAGUUUACAAAAUAGUAGUGAUCAUGAUUCAUUUAACCAAAAAGAGAUUCAUAUACCUAAAAAUGUAAUAAAAACUAAUGAAACUACAAUCCAGAAUAAUAAAAGUUCGAUAUUUUCAAGUAGCGAUGAUGAACAACAUUUAAAUUUUAGUCCACAGUUACAAAAUGAGAGUUCUAAUGAAGAAUCUAAAAUUAUUUCUUCAACAUCAAAUCUAUCCCCAGAAAAUGUACUAAAUAAUAAGAAUCAAGAAUCGUUAGAUGAAAAUGAUAUAAAAACUACAGCAUUACCUAUUUCUUCAGAAAAUACAAAUCAGGCUAUCAAAAAUUCUAAAGUUUCAAAUAUUGAUGAUAGAAAACCAAUUUCUCUUAAUUCAAACAUUCAAAAUGUGAAUACUAUUGAGGAAAUUAAUGUGAUUCGUCCAACAUCAGACUUGUCUCUUAAGGAUUCUACUGAUGGCCCCUUUUUCAGUUCGCCAAAUUCUAAGAGCGAACUUUCAAAAAGAAUCCCAGGAAAGUUAAGUAAAAAUGCUGGUGCCUUUAUAAAUAUCGCUAGUCUACUUCCUAAUUCUAAAAGCCCAUUGAAAAUAUCAAAUAUUCCUCGAUCGGUUUCAUUAGAUGAAAAGAAUGAUGAUACUUUACCAACUGAUGGAACAAAGCUUUUUAGUGCUGAAAGAGAAAGAGCCAGAAUUCAAGUUAAAAGACGUCCUCAAAGUCGAAAAGCUAGAAUAGCUGCAGCUCGAAUGUCAUCUAUAGAUAUUGGUUCGGAAACAAACUUUCAAGAGUCAUCUCGUUUAUUUGUUUCGACAUCUAAUUUAGUUGACUAUCAAUCUAGUCCAAUACUAAAUGACGGCAUUACAGAUACAGAUUCUUCAAAUGAAGUUAAAAAAAAAAUCCUAGAACCAUUUAACAAUAAAUCACUUGUGGAUAAUGAUAAUAAAAUGUAUGAAAAUAGCGAAAUAGUGGAAAUAAAAACUGAGCUUAAAAAAAAAACUUUUUUGGAUUUAUUUGAUGACGAUUCAGAUCCUGAGUCAUUUCAACAAGAAUUUGAUGCAAAAAAUAGUAAUGAUAUCAAAAAAUUAACAUUGGAUGAACAACUUUUAGAAACUAAUAAAUCAGUACAAGAACAACUCCCAGUUAUUGAAUCAGUACAUGAAAAACUUCUAGAGACUAAACCAGUUAUAGAAAUACAACCAGAAAUUGUAUCAGUAAAAGAAAAACAACCAGAAGCUGAAUCAAUCAAUGAAAAACUUCCAGAAAUUGAACCAAUGUGUGAAAUACAAGUUAAAGCAUUCAAUGUGAAAGAAUUACAUGAAAAUAAAUCUAAAUCUCUGAUUUCAAAUACCUCAUUACCUAAAAAAUCCAAUUCAUUAUUUGAUGAUGAUGAUGAUGAUGAUAUAUUUUCUCAGAAAUCUGGGAAAGUUAAUAAGCCAUCAUCGAAUAUAUUUGAUAGUGAUGAUGAAUUUGAGUUUAAUCAAACAUUUGCAAAAAAGAAAUCUGACAAAACAAAGUCAAUAUUUGGUGAUGAUAGUGAUGAUGAUCUAUUUAAUACUCCCUGCAAACCUGCCGGAAGUAAUUUAACUUCUAACAAACCAAUUGAUAAAUUAAAUCAGCGACAAACUCAAUCUAGUGGUGAUGGAUAUGUAAAACUUGCUGCUGAAAGUGUUGCUGGUAAUCCGUUAGAAUCUAAAAAAAACUGAAUAAUUUAAUAUGUUAGUACAAUUUUGUGUUUUAUGUGUCUAAAUUUUUUAUAUUGGAAUUUAUGUGAUAUAUAUAUAUAUGUUUAGUAAAAAAUUAAAUUUUAUACAUAUUUGUUAUUUUGGAACAACAAAAAAAUUAAUUAAAAAUUCAAAUAUAAUAUAAUUGAAACUUUAUUUGCUUUUCCCACACACGUCUAUUGUUGUUAUAAAUUCAUAAGUUAAUGCUAUCAAUAUUUUUGUUGUUUUGAUUUGAUUUGUA